GCGCGCGCCGGCGGCAGGUGGAAAGCCGAGCGGCAUGGAGCGCGUAAUAAGAGAGUUGGAGUCGGAAAGAGCCGCCCCAGUCGCCGGGGAAGCGGGCGGUCAGUGCGGGCUCCGGCGGCCCCCAGGCUCCGAGCGCCCGCCCCCGGCCCCGGCGCGGCCCCGGUCCGGCCCCUAGCCCCCGCCGCCCGCGCCCGCCCGGGCCGCCUCGCCGGCCCGGGGUCCGAGCCAUGCGCCGCUGAGCGCUCCGAGCGCGCCCCCGCCCCGGACCGCACCGGGCCCCGGCCCCCCCGCCCGGCGCCGCCCAUGGCCGAGGCCCCCCCGCGCCGCCUCGGUCUCGGCCCCGGUCCCCAGCCCGGGGACGCCCCCCGCGCCGAGCUGGUGGCGCUCACGGCGGUGCAGAGCGAGCAGGGCGAGGCCGGCGGGGGCGGCUCCCCGCGCCGCCUCGGCCUCCUGGGCAGCCCCCUGCCGCCGGGCGCGCCCCUCCCUGGGCCGGGCUCCGGCUCCGGCUCCGCCUGUGGCCAGCGCUCCUCCGCGGCGCACAAACGCUACCGUCGCCUGCAGAACUGGGUCUACAACGUGCUGGAGCGGCCCCGCGGCUGGGCCUUCGUCUACCACGUCUUCAUAUUCUUGCUAGUCUUCAGCUGCCUGGUGCUGUCUGUGCUGUCCACUAUUCAGGAGCACCAGGAACUUGCCAAUGAGUGUCUCCUUAUCUUGGAGUUCGUGAUGAUCGUGGUCUUUGGCCUGGAGUACAUCAUCCGUGUCUGGUCUGCCGGCUGCUGCUGCCGCUACCGAGGAUGGCAGGGCCGCCUGCGCUUCGCCAGAAAACCCUUCUGUGUCAUCGACUUCAUCGUGUUCGUGGCCUCGGUGGCCGUCAUCGCCGCGGGCACCCAGGGCAACAUCUUUGCCACGUCUGCGUUGCGCAGCAUGCGCUUCCUGCAGAUCCUGCGCAUGGUGCGCAUGGACCGCCGCGGCGGCACCUGGAAGCUGCUGGGCUCGGUGGUCUACGCGCACAGCAAGGAGCUGAUCACCGCCUGGUACAUCGGGUUCCUGGUGCUCAUCUUUGCCUCCUUCCUCGUCUAUCUGGCAGAGAAGGAUGCCAACUCCGACUUCUCCUCCUAUGCCGACUCGCUCUGGUGGGGGACGAUUACACUGACAACCAUCGGCUAUGGUGACAAGACGCCACAUACGUGGUUGGGCAGGGUCUUGGCUGCUGGCUUCGCCUUACUGGGCAUCUCUUUCUUUGCCCUGCCUGCUGGCAUCCUCGGCUCCGGCUUUGCCCUGAAGGUCCAGGAACAGCACCGGCAGAAGCACUUUGAGAAGCGGAGGAUGCCAGCAGCCAACCUCAUCCAGGCUGCAUGGCGCCUGUACUCCACCGACACUAGCCGGGCCUACCUGACGGCCACCUGGUACUACUACGACAGUAUCCUCCCAUCCUUCAGAGAGCUGGCCCUCUUGUUUGAGCACGUGCAACGGGCCCGCAAUGGGGGCCUACGGCCCUUGGAGGUGCGGCGGGCGCCAGUACCUGAUGGAGCGCCCUCCCGCUACCCUCCCGUUGCCACCUGCCACCGGCCGGGCAGCGCCUCCUUCUGCCCUGGGGAAAGCUGGAGAGAGGAGGAGGCCGCUGGCCACAGGUGCUUACGGCUCAGCAGCCGGAUGGGCAUCAAAGACCGCAUCCGCAUGGGCAGCUCCCAGCGGCGGACAGGUCCUUCCAAGCAGCACCUGGCACCUCCACCAAUGCCCACCUCCCCAAGCAGCGAGCAGGCUGGUGAGGCUAUCAGCCCCACCAAAGUGCAGAAGAGCUGGAGCUUCAAUGACCGCACACGUUUCCGGGCCUCUCUGAGGCUCAAACCCCGCACCUCUGCUGAGGAGGGUCCCUCAGAGGAAGUAGCAGAGGAGAAAAGCUACCAGUGUGAGCUCACAGUAGACGAUGUCAUGCCGGCUGUGAAGACGGUCAUCCGCUCCGUCAGGAUUCUAAAGUUCCUGGUGGCCAAAAGGAAAUUCAAGGAGACGCUGCGACCUUAUGAUGUGAAGGAUGUCAUUGAGCAGUACUCGGCAGGGCAUCUGGACAUGCUGGGCAGGAUCAAGAGCCUGCAGACUAGGGUGGACCAGAUUGUGGGUCGGGGGCCCGGGGACCGAAAGGCCCGGGAGAAGGGCGACAAGGGACCCUCAGACGCGGAGGUGGUGGAUGAAAUCAGCAUGAUGGGACGUGUGGUCAAGGUGGAGAAGCAGGUGCAGUCCAUUGAGCACAAGUUGGACCUCCUGUUGGGCUUCUAUUCGCGCUGCCUACGCUCCGGCACCUCUGCGAGCCUGGGAACCGUGCAAGUACCGCUUUUCGAUCCCGACAUCACCUCGGACUACCACAGUCCUGUGGACCACGAGGACAUCUCCGUCUCCGCACAGACGCUUAGCAUCUCCCGCUCGGUCAGCACCAAUAUGGACUGAGGGGCUUCUCAGGGGCGGAGCAGCCCUCGGCCUGGCGCUCGGACCCGACCCUUGAGGCCUCGGAACUCUCCUCUUACUUGAACUCGCUCCCUUGCGGGGAGAGAGGCCACACGCAGUAUUGAGCUGCCUGGGUGGGCGAGAUACCCGAUAAGGGUGCCAGAGCCCAGCUCCCACCCCAGGAGCGUGAGAUGCCAGGCCCUAUGGAGGGCAGCAGCAGCAGCAGUGGCUGCCCCAUGGCUUCUGGGUCCCCGGGUACCCUGCCCACUCCAUCAAGGCCCAAAAUAGCGAGCCUGGCAGGGGACACUGCCCAGAAGUGGGAGCAGGGCACUAGGGUACGGGGCCCUGACCCAGCUUCCAGCUAUGCAAGGUGAGGUCUCUGGCCUACCCUUCAGACAGAGCAGGGAAGCCCUCCUGCCAAGUCCCUGCCCCACUUGGGGUGGGCCCAAGGUGCCCUCACAGGUACCUACAAAGCACAGGACCCUGCCACAAGGCAGAUGGGCACCAUAUAUGCAAACUAUGUUGAAUAUGCAACUUUGGGGACCCCCAUGGGGUCCCCCUGCCCCUUUCCUUUGGAAUAUGGGCUUCCAGCAGUAGCUGGUCUCAGGCUGCUUGGCCAUGACCCCAUUCUCAUUCUUUGGCUUAUUACCCUAUUCCCACUCAGCAUGGGGCCUGUUUCUCUCCUGUCCUCUCCCAAGAGCAGUGCUUGGGCCUUUCCUCCCAUUUGCAGGUGUCACCUCCAGGGGCUCCCUUUUCCUGCUGGUUGUUUUCUCCCCUCUUUGGCCCUCCAGACACCUUGGACAGCACAAGUUUCUGUAUUCUCCCCAGACUUCCCAGACAGUACUCCACAGACAGUCAUACAAGUCCCUUUAGUUUCUGAAGAGAAAGCCUCAUGCUCAUGCACAAAACCACACAUGCUUGGAGACAUGAGCACAGAGCCACUUAGCCUUUCCUGGGUCUCUGCAGCUGAUGCUAGUGGACUAGCCUUGCAGGAUGAUGUCCACCUGGAGGAAUCCCCUCACUCCCUCUGACCAGAAGAGAGAGCUUUAAAGUGACACCGCAUCUCUCCUGCCCCUGCCCAGAACUUUACCAGCUCCCCUUCCACAAGAAGAUAGAUUCCUUACUGGUUCAGGAUCCUAACUUCUGCCUCUGCCCCUAAGGGCCCUCCUUGGUGUCCCCACAGCACAACUCAGGCCUAGGCCUCUGGGACUGGUGCACCACUGGAGAGACUCCAGGCCCACACUCUUCCUAGUCCCAGAGAGAGUAAUAAUGCACUUAUAAGAGACACCAACUGUGCACCUGCCUCUCACCUGCACUGCUCCCUCCCCACUUCUUCACUUCAGUUGGCAGCCCUGCAUCUUGCAUAAGUGCCCAUCCACUGUAGGCCCUCAGCACCACUUUCAGAUCCCUACUUCUGCAAAGCCAAUGCAGGUGGCAGGAGGGUGAGGGGUAGUGGACUAAUGGCAACCUUCUAUAAGGUACCAGGGAACAAGGGGCUGAGGCCAACCUGCCUGUAUCUCAUACUGGGGACCUGCAUGCACCAGCACCAGGGCUUGGGUUGGAUCUUGCUCAGCCCCAUGGUGCCCAGCCUCUGCCCUCCCAUGCCCUCUGCAUGUACCAUCAUGCCCCGGAUGGAGCCUUUCUUGGCUCGCCUCACCUGCACUGCACUGUCCCCAGAGAGCCAUCCCUCCACCCCUUCAGAGACAGAUCUGCAGAGAGGGCAGGAGAAUAGAUUACCCUGUGACCAAAGGAGACAUGGGAAGCAGCCCUCCCUCCUUCCACCAUCGAGGUUCCCUCACCAACCUGGUUCUCAGAUAUGCAAGUACCUCACUUUGUUAACUUAUUAACUUAUUGGUUUCAUUAAAGUUUUCAGUAGGA